CAGUGAAAGUGAUAAUGUUUCAGUCUAUCCUGUACCCUUAUCAAGUCAUCACAUUUUUGUCAUUUUGUGCUUGUGGGUUUAAUAAUGCACUAUUUGUUUAAGCCACAUUAUUGUGACUUAUUCGCGGCAAUAUCCAUGAACUUCCAUUUAUUAAAAAGUAAGGAACGGGAGAGAGAUCAAACUCGCUGUGCUAAAUAUGAUGAAUGUAAUGUACAGUAUUUAUAAAUGCUAUGGAAUGACACCACAGGAUGCCACCACAAGGUCGUCACGAUGGCCGAUGAAGGAUUUGACCCUUGCGAGUGCAUCUGGAGCCACGAGAUGGCCAUGAGGCGGCUCUUGUCCCUUUUGCGACAGUCGCAGAGCUACUGUACAGACACAGAGUGCUUCAAUGAAUUGCCAGGACCAACACCAUCAACUCAAGAGAUGGGCUCGGACAGCAUGAUGCUGCUGGGCAUGCUGUGGGCACUCCUUGCUGUAGUUCUCUUCUUCAUGCGUCCCUCAGCAUUACGAACUAAUCCCAAUGCUAAACCUGCAAACAGCAACCAGGAUGGAGGAGCUCCUCCGGCACCACCAACAGCCAACUAAGAACUGGGAAAGUCAGCUGGCCUCCAUCUUGCCCUCAUCCCCAAGUGACCUUUUAUCAGUUCUCGCACUUGUUGAAGAAAACAGGAAUCCUACAUCAUGCUGCAAUCAGGUUUAGGGAUUUAUAUACUAAAAUCUUACUUACUAAGCACAGAAGCAUGCAAAAUUAAACCAGUGAUCUAUUAUAUAGUGUAAUCGUGUGAAGCAUUCCAGAACGUGACAAUUUGGAACAAUAUACAGUAACUAAAUCUUUUUUGCAGCAUGAGAAAUUAAACCUUGGAAAGUUCUUAUAAAAUAAGACAUUUUACGAAUAACUGAUUGUUCACAUAAAUGUUUUAUAAAAGUUUUGAUAUUCAGUAAAUGUUAUGACACGUCACUAGUUUAGUACCAUUUAUAUAAGGCGUUUCCUUGACAAAUAUAAAUGUAGGGUCAAGUUUUGGAUUUUGUAAGAUUGUAUAAUAGUUUUUAAUACAUGCUGUAUUAUAGUCAUCUCUAUAGCAGAUUAAAAACAAAUCAGUCUUUAAAGAUUUCAAGGGUUUAAGCAAUUGAAAAGUAAAGUAAUUUCAAAUAUAAUAAUAUAUAUAUAAUCUGUGUGUCAAGAUACUUUGUGAUAAAAAUGUUUUGUUAAAUAACUAGGGCCACAUCUAUUUGAAAUGAAGGUGAUGAUGUUUGUGUCCAUCCUGGACUCUUCAUCUGUUGUGAGGGUCGAAGACGGACCAAAAUAUCAUCACAUCCAUUCCGGUGUUGGGGGGGGGGGGGGGGGGGGGGGGGGUAUUUGUUUCUGUCACACUAUUGUGAUUUAUUCUCUGUAUGCUAUUUUUUUUUUUUUUGUCUUGUCAACAGAGUUCUGGAUUUAUUGAGUAACCAAAGGUAUUUAGUUAUUGAAACUAUUUGUAUGAUAUUUAACCAAAUAUUUAAAAACCAUUUAUAAUAUCAAUAAUAAUAGUUCACCCCUCAUGGGUAAAGAUAAUCCUCAUAAUCAUUAUGGAUUUAUGGCAAUUUCUAUUGCUAUACUAAAUUUAGUCAUUAGUGUUCAAACCAGUGAAAUUUGUAUGUUUUCAAAGCAAAAUUGAGUAGAGUAUUGUUAUUUUCCUCUCCAAUUCUAAAUUGGAACAAGAUCUGUCAUUGUCUAUAUGAAUAAAUAUAUCAGUGUUUUAAAGAAAAUAACAUUAAACAGGGAUUAUUAUUUUUUUAUAUCUUGUAAUUUUAGUUAACUUGGUGAGCACAUCUUUACUGGGGAAACAAAUAUUUGAGUAUUGGUAUCUUUUUUGGAAAUGGUACUUAUUGGCAAAUACUGAAUUUGUUAAAAAGAUAUUUUGUGAUAUUUUAUUUAUUUCCUUGUAUUUGAUUCUUAAAUUUUUAGUUAGUAUAUAAAAUUGUUGUAAAGAUUUGUGUUAAUAAGGAAAUAGAAUAUAUUUUACAAGACUAUAUAUUGUACACUCCAUACUGGCUCACCUAAGUCAAUUAUAAGUAAAUAAAUGCAAACGAUAUUUUGUUUGCCAACAACCUGUGAUAUGGUAACAUCAGUUUGUGGAGGGAGAGCCCAACGCUGCUCGGCACCGUCAAAUAAUCGGUACGUGCGGUCGGUAAUUGGUCUCAUAAUCAGUCUUUUUGAAAACGUGGAUCAGUCUCUCGGAGGUUAUUAGUAGCCAUGUAUGGAACUUGUAGAUGACUGGUAGAUCAAUGUUGCAACUGAUGGAUAUGUAUUUGAGAGCCUAAACACUUGGUCUAACAACCAUGUUUUGGCCUCUGGUACUUAAGAUGGUGCGAUAGACUUCUGGAGGUCUGUAAAUGACGUGUUGUAUUUUUGUUAAGUCAUCAAAGGUGCGCUAUUCAUGGAUUAAAAAAAAAAUGUAUAAAAUUACUCUACAGAAGGUGCAGUACACUGAGGUGUAUAUGUGUACAACAUUAAAACAUAUAUAAAAUAAGUAAAAAAAAAAUAUAUAUGUAUAAUAUAAUUUGUAUAGCCCUAAUAUUUUAUAUUAUAGCAUAAUAUAGCAUAAUUAUGUAUAAUAAAAUAUUGUAAUAAUAUAGUAUAUUAUUCUAUAAUAUCAUAAUACAUUAUGGCAAUGUUACAUUUUUACCAAAAAAAACUACUAUUGGUUAUCAUUAAGGUUUUGGAUUUAUUAAUGUCCUAAUGUUCUGGAUUUCUGUCUUCAAUAAAGGAGCCAUUUUGGUUGAAAGUAAAUGUAGGUAAUUUGACAGUUUGCUUUAUGUAGUCAUCAAACAUGAAAGUGUGUACGCAAAAGAACAACUUCAACUUUUUACUCUGCCUAUUGCUAACGUGUGUAAACGUCGAAGGUCGUUGGCAAACUGUACGACAUACACUACUUAGGAAGGACAUAGGAGGAGUUUGCUCAAGAGUGAAUGUACUGUAAAGGAACUAUGCGGUUUCUAGUGCACAUUACUACUUUUUUUAAACAUUUGUCAAGUUUUCUCUACGUGACAGGAAUUAUUAAUGUACUGUACAGCAUUCCAUUAUUACUGAUGGCUCGGUUGUGAGACACUACACCCGUCAUGUUUUGUGCUGUGUAAUAGAGCUACACGUGUGCCACCCGAGGGCUGCCGUCUCGUGCCACCCGAGGGCUGGUGCCUUGUGCCACCCGAGGGCUGGUGCCUUGUGCCACCCGAGGACUGGUGCCUCGUGCCACCCGAGAGCUGGUGCCUUGUGCCACCCGAGGACUGGUGCCUCGUGCCACCCGAGGGCUGGUGCCUUGUGCCACCCGAGGACUGGUGCCUCGUGCCACCCGAGAGCUGGUGCCUUGUGCCACCCGAAGGCUGGUGCCUUGUGCCACCUCGUGCCACCCAAGGGCUGCUGCAGGUCAUUUUAGUGUAGUUCUUGUAAUACUUCAAAGUUUAGCAACAAUUACAAUAUUUUUUCCCCUUAAGGUGAACAUACAUCAAAAUAUCUAUUCCAUGUAUAAAACUAUAAAAAUUUUAUCAAGUUUGAAUUGAAGUAUUGUAGCAUUGUGUAUGCAUACUUCUUGGAUAAUUACUGUAGAUUGGAGGUUUUGUUGUCGCAGGUUUACGUCUGAAGUUUACUUUUGGUUCGUGAAGCAUGAUCCAUUAUGAAUUUGCAAAGUUUGGAUUUUUUUUAUACUUGAAGUGUAUGAUUCAAUAAAAAUUCCAAGCAGUAAGUUGCUAGAUGUAAUACUCGCAGGAAGUAAAUGAGGAUAAUGCUUCUUUGAAUUUGUUAAUGAUUCUUAUUUUAGUAUGGAUAAGGGACAUGUCUA